AUGGAAUCUGCCAAGCCCAUAGUGGCCGUUCUCUACCAGGCUCUGCCGCCACCAAUCUAUGGAGGCGUAAGCAAGCCCCCCAAGCCGGGAGGCUAUCGGGAUUCUGGCGCCGAUAUCGCCUAUUCACUCAAAUGUGGCGGAACUACCAUGCUGACGCCGGUAGAAUCCCCAGACCCCGCAAAUCAGGAUCAGUGGUGUUUCCCUGAUACCGAAGAAGGCAUCAUCUCCGCGAUCCAGAAAGGUGCAACGCAUCUUUGGGCAAAUACUGUGCUUUUCGCAGAACAUCCGUUGCAGACUUCCUCGAAAUUGACGCCCUUCGAGUCUAGCAUUAAAGUUGUUGGUCAACCUCCACUUUGUGCGGAUCGGUUUGAUGAUAAAUCAUUCACGAAUGAUCUGCUCCGCCAGCGGGGCGGCCUAACGCUGCCCAGGUCGUGGACUGCAGAUGAUCCCCGGGUAUCACCGGAUAUCAGCAAUGGCUCCACUGGACUCGCACAGGCGCAGCAAUCGGUCCAAAAAGCCCUUGACGAGGUCUUAUCUUUAAUCAAACAGGAUGACUAUCCCAUUGUCGCGAAACCUGUUCGCGGGCGGGGUAGCCACGGUGUAAAGAUCUGUGAAAACGCAACAGAGCUAGCAGAACAUGUGGCACAUCUUUUCGAUGAAUCGUCCCGUGUCUUGUUGGAAGAGUAUCUGACCGGGGAAGAGGGAACCAUCACAAUCAUGCCACCGUCAGAAGAGCCGAUCUCAGGUUUCGAGUCUACAGAUCGGCAAUCUAGCCAUUGGGCGUUGCCUCCUGUGACCCGCUUCAACCAUGUGGAUGGGAUUGCGCCAUAUAGCGGUAAUAUUGCGGUGACAGUGAACUCGCGCGCAGUGACUGCGGCGGAGAUGGAGGCGGAUCCUGCUUACGCGGAUAUCAUGAAAGAAUGCGAGACUGUGGCGGGGCUUUUAGGGACAACUGCACCGUUGCGCAUUGAUAUCCGACGAUUCACAGCGGGAUCCAAGUUUGCCUUGUUUGAUAUCAAUAUGAAGCCGAAUAUCACCGGGCCUGGACGUCCUGGUCGCGAUGAUCAGUUGAGCCUUAUGGGCCUUGCAGCUGAGAGUAUGGGUGUAGAUUAUCUUACUUUUCUGCAGUCUGUGCUUGGAUCGGCGCAAGGGCUUGGGCACCUGCGGCAUUACAGUAGUACGCUUGGCAACUCGGCCGAAUAA